AGGCCAAUACAUUAAGUUAAAGGGAGAACAUUACUUUUCAAAAACAGUUUUGCCUGAAAUACGCAGUCGGUGGCCAUUUUGUAAUCGUGUCACGGCGUUGACUGUAUUUUUCAUUCUCAUUUACUUCCGCAUUGCCAGCGGAUUAGCGUUGUUUACACACUUCCUGUGUGCGCGUGCGUGUGUUAGUGUUCAUUCACGUGACAUUCAGAGAGCCUCCGACUCCAGGCAAACUGCAGAGAAGAGCACAGAAGGCAUCCAAGCCAAAGACGACGUCCACUAAACGCUGCCAACCAAACAGGAUGUUUUCUCUCGGGGAAAAGAUGGAGUUUCUGAUAGCAAACCCCUUUUCAACACCUGUUGGCCAAAGAAUCGAACAAGCAACCAGCGGCUUUCGGCAGUCAGAGGAUUGGGGGCUUAACAUGGAGAUAUGUGACAUCAUCAAUGAGACGGACGAGGGCCCAAGAGAUGCAGUCAAAGCCAUUAAGAAGAGAAUUGUGGGUAAUAAGAACUUCAGAGAAAUCAUGUUAGCCCUGACUGUUCUUGAGGCAUGUGUGAAAAACUGUGGCCAUCGCUUCCACGUUUUUGUGGCAUCACAGGAGUUUGUUGAAGGAGUUUUGGUGCGAGCCAUUUUGCCCAAAUAUAACCCUCCCACAGCCCUCCAUGAUAGGGUGCUCAGUCUCAUACAGUCAUGGGCUGAUGCGUUCCGUACUUCCCCCUCCCUUGCGGGCGUGGUGUAUGUUUACGAUGACCUGAGGAGACGAGGGUUGGAGUUUCCCAUGACAGACCUCGAUGCUCUAUCCCCCAUUCACACUCCCAGUAGGACUGUGCCAGAAAAUGAAACUCAUGAGUCCACAAAUGCUCCUUCCAAUCAGUCACAAGCACCAACUCACUCAAGUUCUCCUACUACAAAUACCUCACCUGCAUCCCAACCUUGUGAGGGACCAGCUGCCCUGUCUGCAGUACAGAAAGACAAGUUGCAGCGAGAACUUGCACUGGUAAAGGGAAACCUUACUGUAAUGUCUGAAAUGCUGAAUGAAAUUAAACCUGGACAAAGUAAGCAGGAUGAUACAGAAUUGCUGCAGCAGCUCUACUCAGUGUGUAAGAACAUGCAGACUCGAGUGGUGGAGCUCAUCCCUCAUUUAUUGGAUGAAGGUCUCAUCAAAGAGCUUCUUGUGGUUAAUGAUGACCUCAACAAUGCUUUCAUCCGUUAUGAGAGGUUUGACAGACUUAACAGAGUACAGAAUACAAAUGAAAAGGUACCUGAAAAGAGUCCUGUCAGUGCUCAGAACCUCAUCGACCUGAGUCCAGACCCCCCAACACUGAGCCAGCCCGCUGUCAUCGCGACAAACAGUCAACCUGAACUCAACACAUGGACCAGUCAAACGCAGUCGACUAAACACAAAGAUGAGGAAGAGUUUGAUAUGUUUGCUCAAACCCGAGGCAGCUCCUUAGCCGAGCUAAGAAAGAGUGUUCGGUAUGAGGACCCUGGAGCUGUAGAGGGUCUUGCUGGGGCCCUAGACUCAAGGCUGCAAGUCACAGGAAAUAUGGGACAAGUAAAAAACGCACUUCAGAACAAUGUAGAUAAAUGGGUGUCUCGUGAUAUGCAAGACCAGUCUGCGGUCAGUGAGGGAGUAUCCAGUGAAGAGUUUGAUAAGUUUUUAGACGAUCGGGCAAAGGAGUGCGACCAAAGUAAGGAUACAACCUGUGGGACACUGCCUUCCACCACCAGACUGCCGCCGCAGUCGACAAGGCAAAAGGACAGUUCACAUGACCACCUUUUUUCCCUCUAGGUUUAUGAGGCCAGAAAAAAGACCAAUUAGAUGUAAAAUUGUUUUUGAUUUCAUACAAGGAAUUGUUAUCACACUGAAAUGUGGGUACAGGUAUUCAUAUGGCCUUGAAAACUGUUUCCAGCAAGUGGUACACUUCAGUUCAGCUCAUCAUAUGCUGUUUAGAGCAAUACUUUAUUCAUCCUGUGAGGUAAAUUACUAUAUAUUGUCACAUCAUCAAAAUUCACACAUAGACAACAGUAUUACUACAAUGUGACAACCAACGCAAAGAGCAGCAUUGAAGAGGAAUAAAAACAUCCAAUCUAAGCAAGAAAAAUAAAAAGAGCUUAGGAUGUUUCCUAUUGGUAGGUGGAAAGUAAUAAAUACACUGUAGUUACGCCCCGAUGACGAUAGCUGUGUGACUUGAUCAUUCAGAGGACAAUGCAAUACUUUUGAACAAUCAAUAAACUGCAGUGUGUCUUUGUCUUCCCUUUGGGUAGUCAAAGUUGUUUGUGCUUCAAUGAAAUGGUGUCAACAGUUAGUAGACAAAUGGUGCAGUAUUUUAUUACCCCCUGCAUUUUUGACUUUAGAAAUGCGAAAAUAAAUUCAGCGUGAUACUAAAGUGAACAGAACAGUAAUGCAUGAUGGGGGGACUUGCAUACACAAAAAAGACCUAUAUUAUACCAAUGCUGCCUAAGUGAUUCAUCUGUUUAUCUUUUUGUGCAUAUCAAGAAAGUGCAUGUCUGUAUUUAUGAAAUACAUUUUAAUGUUGAUUAAACAUUGUUUGUCCAGAUAUUUUUUAAAAAUGUUAUCUAAAACUUUCGUUUGCCUUUGUCUCAAGCAGCUUUUAUACUGGCAAAAAUAAAUGAAUGAAUGAAUGAA